AUGUACGCCACCCAGAUCUUCCUCGGCCUCAUCGCCACCGUCUCGGCAAUCGACGUCUACGGUUACCGCAGCAACGAAAAGUGCAGCGGCAACGACUACAUCGUCUGCCGAAAUGUCAACCCAGACGACUGCUAUGUCCGCGCCUCGGGCGACGUCUUCAGAAGCAUCGGCUUCCGCGCCAUUCCGACCAAUUGGAACAUUAUCGGCCGUGCCCACAGCGGAGGUGACUGCAAGAACCUAAAGUACGUCACCCAGUCCAACGGCGCGGAGAAUAUCUGCUGCGGCGGGAGCAACUACUCUGGCGGCAACUAUGGCUUUGUCUCCAAGAAGCGCUCUGAAGGUACCUGCGCCGCUGCUGGGGGCUGCGCUUCUGUUACGAGGGGCGACUUGGUGGUCUUUGAGAAUGGGCCCAAGUUCAACAUGACUGGCCUUGAUGAUGCUCUUUACACUGAACUGUAAGCUGUUACGACCCCUUUGUACUUCAUAUAUCAGACCCCUGAUAAGUAUACCCUUCCCCUCUUUACUUUGCU